CAGGUCACAGACUCGGAGCAAAGGGUCGACGAGACGCACCUGCCAGGUCCUACACGCGCCGCCGCCUCCAGGAUCCUCUGCCCCUCGCCGCCGCAAGGAACAGCACCACGCCGCGCCGCCUUCUCCGGUUCUCCCUCCACCGCAGCAGGCAGCAGAUUGGAACUAUGGCCCUGGCUAAUAAGCUUGGUGGUCUGCUCAAGAAAGCCACUAGCUCGAACCCGACUCUCUAUCAGGCAAUAAGAUGCAUGUCAUCCUCGAAGCUCUUCGUUGGAGGGCUUUCGUAUACCACAGACGAGGGCAGUCUGAGAGAUGCCUUUUCCCAUUAUGGAGAAAUUAUUGAUGCUAAGAUUAUCGUAGACCGCGACACUGGAAGGUCUAGAGGUUUUGGCUUUAUAACUUAUGCAGCAGAAGAACAGGCUUCAUCUGCCAUCAUGGCCUUGGAUGGAAAGGAUCUACAUGGACGCAACCUACGGGUUAGUGCUGCCACUGAGAGGACCAGUGGCUUCCGUAAUGAUGGUGGUCGUGGCUUUGGAGGAGGCGGUUAUGGUGGUGGUAGCUAUGGAGGGGGCGGUUAUGGUGGCAACAGUGGUGGUGGUGGUGGUGGCGGUGGCUAUGGAGGAGGUGGUUAUGGUGGCAACAGUGGUGACGGUGGCGGUUAUGCCCCCUCUGCGGGCACUGAUGCCUUCUCUGGAGGCAACUUUGCUCCUGCUGGCGGCGACAACUUUGCUGCCGGCAACUUUGGUAGUGACAGUGGCUUUGGUGGAAACCCAGCUGGCAACCAUGGUGCUCCUGCAGGUUCCACUGGUGGUGAUGAGUUCUCCCUUGGCACCCCUGGUUCCAGCUUUGAGAGCCCCAAGAAUGGCGAUGACAUGGACGACCUCUUCAAGGAUGACGAGCCUGACAAGUACGCCAGCAAGAAUGUCUAGGGCUCCAGUCUGCAUCUCCUUCUGCAAGUCCCUAGUUAUGUACCUUGGAUAAGUGUGAGGUGAAUGGUCCUCGAGACCAGAGACUACUUUCUUGAUGACUGUCUAGAGACCAAAAUAACUUAUGCAAGUACCUGCGUUGAGGUGACAAUGAGAAUGCACUUUCAGUUUGCCUGA